AUGACUGCCCGCUCGCUCCUCCAGCAGAGGCGCCUCGUGGCCCUGGCUGGAGCUUUUACGUUUGCCUUCAUCAUCGUGACCACCCUCUGCUCUCCGACCGCCCGACUUUACUUGACUGGCAAGCCAAGCGGUUUGAGACCAUCGCCAGUAGCCAUACAAGACCCAGUUCAAAGCCCAUUACUCCCAUUACCCCCAGCGGCGCCAGCGGCGCCAGCGGCGUCAGCGGAUCAGACGCCCUCGUGGGACCUCCGGAUACCGAACGAUUACUUCGAUAAGAAUCCCAGUUCCAAGUUUUGUGCCGAACGGUUCUCUACGAAAUACCUUGAAAACCUGCGCAACAAUUCAGCCAUCUAUUGCAGCCCGGAGAAAGCCCAGUCGAGCUUGACCUGCUUUCACAGUCGUACCUCACCCGAUGGGCCAGACUCGUUCUGCGUCGCCCGGGGGGUUGCUCUUGACUCCAAGAAGCACCGAUUCGGAAUACACUGUCCGCUCAGAACCCUGAGCUCGGAGGAAAAGGCCGGGGGCGUGGUACCGUUUGAGAGCAUCCGUGGUUAUUGGUACGGGACAGGCCCGGCCGAAAUCUUUGGAAAAUUUAUAACAUUUCUCAAGAGAUCGCCCCCUCUCGUUCCGUCAACAAAGAGAGAAGAAACAAACCAGACCACUGUCGGCGGUAAUGUCAUUGCCUCACCACCGCGGAAUUUCCUGCUGAUCAAGCGUGAGGGUGAUGGCAAUCCGUGGCACUGCUUGCUGGAGAUAUGGUCGGCCUGGAUGACCAUGGACGUCCUACGCAUCUCGAUGGACCCCAGCCGCAACGAGCCCUACUUCGCACACAGCGAAGACGAGGAGGAUACGCAGGUAGUCAUCCUCGACGACCUGAACGAGGGCCCGUACUACGACAUGUGGUCGCUCUUCUCCAAGCACGACGCCGUUCGCCUGGGCGACCUCAGCACGCCCAUCCCAUCCUCGGCGAAUGUCAUCAUUCCGCUGGCCGGCGGCAGCAACCCGAUCUGGCAGAAUGACUGGGGCGUCCGCGAUUGCACCUCCGCGGCCACGCUGUCGGCCUUCUCGCGCCGUGUCCUGCGCAUGCACGGCCUGGACCCGGACAGGGCCCAGCAGCGCGGCCCGCAGGCCAACAUCUCCGUUGUCUUUGUCGACCGUAGCCGGUACAGGAAACUGGUGAACCAGACAGCCCUCUUUGAGGCGCUCGAGGCGCGGGUUCCCCACGUCUCCGUCCGCCUCGUCGACUUCGCAGCGCUGAGCUUCCGCGACCAGGUCCGGGAGGCGAGGAACGCUGACGUGCUGGUUGGUGUGCAUGGCGCCGGACUCACGCACGCCAUGUGGAUGCAUGACGGUGCGGGGUCCGUCGUGGAGAUUCAGCCCUCGGAGCUGAACCACAACGGCUUCCGGAACCUGGCGUUAAUGAAGGGGCUGGGUUUCUACCGCGUGCACGCUAACUCUACGGAGUCACCCAAGAAAAAGAAGCCCACGCGAGCAGCAUCAUUGGUGAUUGGGGGCGGUGAUGAGGCCGGGCCGGGGGACCACGCGCUGCUGCAACGGCGGGACCGGUGGCAUUGGGAAGAUGUGAUUCUGGAAGAAGAGCGUUUUCUCGAGGUCAUGACUGUCGCGAUCAAGUCGCUGUAUGCAAAGGGGUCCCUGAAUUAUGACAACAAAGUUAAUUUGAGAGACGACGAAGCAGGAACAUCCGCCAAUGUUGACAUGGCGGUGCUCAUAAGGGGACGGCGCAGGAACACCUACCUCGCCCUCGCAGUCCUUUUGCUCAUCUUCUACUACCUAACAUCAUCAUGGCGGCACACGUCGUCAGAGUCUGCCAGUCUGGCACAGUUCAUGAACUACGAGGGCUCUGCCACACGCGUCAAAGCCGUCAAUUCCAGCUUCGACUGGAGCAAGGUGUCACACGCCUACCCGCCCGGGGACCAGAAGCCGCUGCCGCGCUCCCCGCCUGGCGCGAGGGAUCGGAUCCCCCGAGUGCAGCACCGCUUCGGUGGCGAGUCCUCUGCCGUGCGGAAGCUGCGUGAGGCCCGCCGAGAUGCCGUGCGCGCCGUCUUCAAGAAGAACUGGGACAGCUACCGCAAGUACGCGUGGAAGGCUGACGCGCUGCUGCCGCUGUCAGGCAAAGGCCGGGACCAGUUCUCUGGCUGGGCGGCGACCCUGGUCGACGCCCUCGACGCUCUGUGGAUCAUGGGUCUGCGUGACGAGUUCGACGAGGCCGUCGAGGCCGUCGCCGAGAUCGACUUUGGCGAGUCGUCGUCGCAGCGGGUCAACAUCUUCGAGACCAACAUCCGCUACCUGGGUGGCUUGCUUGCGGCGUACGACUUGAGCGGUCGGCAGGUGCUGCUACAGAAGGCACGAGAGCUGGGCGAACUGAUCUACGCCGGGUUCAACACCCCUAACCGGAUGCCUGUGGACUUUAUCGACAUGUCGCAGGCCAAGACUGGGGAAGGACUGACUGUGGAGUCGUCGGUGGUGUCGGCGUCGCCAGGGACGCUGUCCAUGGAGUUAACCCAUCUGUCGCAAUUAACGGGCGACAACAAAUACUACGCGGCGGCCGCCAAGGUAAUGGACGUGUUUUACCACCAGCAGAACAAGACGAAGCUCCCGGGGAUGUGGCCCAUCUACGUGUCGAUGAGCACUCAGGACCUGACGAAUGGCAUGUCCUUCACGCUUGGCGGCAGUGCCGACUCCCUCUACGAGUACCUGCCUAAGAUGUACCAGCUCUUGGGCGGGUUGGAGCCCAUGUACGAAGACUUGUCGCGGACUUUUAUGGCGACUGCGGAUAAGCAUCUCUUCUUCCGUCCGAUGCUGGAAGACAAUGCCGACAUCCUCAUCUCUGGAAACGUCAAUGUCUUUCCAGAGGAGGAUCCAGUACUCGACCCUGAGAGCGAGCACCUGGCCUGCUUCAUCGGAGGCGCUUUUGCCCUGGCGGGAAAGCUGCUUGGCAGCCCCAACGAUGUCCGCACGGGGGCAAAGUUAACUCGAGGCUGUGCCUACGCUUACAGGGCAUUCCCUACAGGCAUGAUGCCUGAGCGGUACAAUAUGGCGCCAUGCAGAUCCAGGACCGAAUGCCCGUGGGACGAGUCUGUUUGGCAGGAGGAGAAAGGCAAGCGGAAGGAGUGGAAGGAGCAUCUGCCCAAGGGCUUCACGACAGCCAAGGACCCUCGCUAUAUCCUACGGCCCGAGGCCAUCGAAAGCGUGUUCGUGCUCUAUCGAGUUACGGGGGACACGUGGUAUCAAGACACGGCGUGGGGCAUGUUCAAGGCUAUAGAGGAGGGUACCCGUACCGACAUCGCGAAUGCAGCUGUUCUCGACGUCACCAGGGCCAGAGAGCAUCUUCCGAAAGAAGACUACAUGGAGAGUUUUUGGUUGGCAGAAACUCUGAAGUAUUUCUACCUCAUAUUCUCUCCUCCCGACCUGGUUAGCCUCGACGAAUACGUCCUCAACACUGAGGCACAUCCGUUCAGGAGGCCCAAGUGGUGA